AUGAAAGGAAGCAAGAGAAGCAGUAAUAGUGGUAGCAGUAAUAGUGGUAGCAGUAAUAGUGGUAGCAGUAAUAGUGGUAGCAGUAAUAGUGGUAGCAGUAAUAGUGGUAGCAGUAAUAGUGGAAGCAGUAAUAGUGGUAGCAGUAAUAGUGGUAGCAGUAAUAGUGGUAGCAGUAAUAGUGGUAGCAGUAAUAGUGGUAGCAGUAAUAGUGGUAGCAGUAAUAGUGGUAGCAGUAAUAGUGGUAGCAGUAAUAGUGGUAGCAGUAAUAGUGGUAGCAGUAAUAGUGGUAGCAGUAAUAGUGGUAGCAGUAAUAGUGGUAACAGUAAUAGUGGUAGCAGUAAUAGUGGUAGCAGUAAUAGUGGUAGCAGUAAUAGUGGAAGCAGUAAUAGUGGAAGCAGUAAUAGUGGUAGCAGUAAUAGUGGUAGCAGUAAUAGUGGUAGCAGUAAUAGUGGUAACAGUAAUAGUGGUAACAGUAAUAGUGGUAACGGUAAUAGUGGUAGCAGUAAUAGUGGUAGCAGUAAUAGUGGUAGCAGUAAUAGUGGUAGCAGUAAUAGUGGUAGCAGUAAUAGUGGUAGCAGUAAUAGUGGUAGCAGUAAUAGUGGUAGCAGUAAUAGUGGUAACAGUAAUAGUGGUAACAGUAAUAGUGGUAGCAGUAAUAGUGGUAACAGUAAUAGUGGUAGCAGUAAUAGUGGUAACAGUAAUAGUGGUAGCAGUAAUAGUGGUAGCAGUAAUAGUGGUAACAGUAAUAGUGGUAACAGUAGUAAUAUCAGUAGCAAAAAUAUUGCAAAUUGCAGUGUUAGCAACACCACAUAUGGUUGA